CUCUCUCGCUCUCGCUCUCGCUCACUCGAUUCAAGCCUCUUCGUCUUCUUACGCUGUGUUUCGAAACCCUAAUUUUUCAAUCCCUAAAGGUGUGUUUUUGAGAUUAUGGCCAAAGCUAGGAGGGCAGGACGCAGGGUUCCUUCGCGACGCUUCAGGGCAAGAGCAAAACCGUACAAAUUUCCAUCUUCUAACCGUCUUGUGGCAAGGAACAUGUUUGCAGAAGAUUGUUCAAAAUGUCUAGAAAAGAGGGACUGGGAGAAUGUUAUAUGUUCGGUUUGCAUGGAGUGUCCACACAAUGUUGUUCUUCUCCUCUGCUCAUCUCAUGACAAGGGAUGUCGUCCUUACAUGUGUGGAACCAGUUUCCGAUAUUCCAAUUGCUUAGAUCAGUACAAGAAAGCGUCAGCUAAGCUAAAGUCAUCGAGCCAUCAACAGAUCAAUAAGUCUGAGCUUGGAAAUCUCACAUGCCCACUUUGUAGAGGCCAGGUGAAAGGUUGGACAAUCGUACAGCCUGCUCGUGACUUUUUGAAUCUUAAGAAGAGGAUCUGUAUGCAGGAGAACUGUGUUUUUACUGGAACCUUCAAAGAGCUGAGGAAACACAUGAAAGUGGACCACCCUAGUGCGAAGCCGCGUGAAGUGGAUCCUGAUGUGGAGCAGAAUUGGAGAAGGCUUGAGACUGAGCAUGAACGGGAUGAUGUUAUGAGCACGAUUAGGUCGACAAUGCCUGGUACAGUGGUGUUUGGUGAUUACGUAAUUGAAAGGACCAAUGCCAACGGUUCAAAUUUAGACGAGGGUGAUGAUGGUAGGAUCGAUGCUGCACUUGGUAGGAAUCUUCUGAAUGUUUACCUUCUGUUACAUGCUUUUAGGGCAUCAGAGAAUCAGACAAGGCGCUCUGAUUCAGAUUCGAAUGACUCGACAACAAUCAACCGCGGAACAAGUGAGCUGAAUUUCUCUGAAGAAGAGGAUGAAGAGGAGGGGGAGAGGCAUAGUAACAGUAACUCUUUGGCAAGUCGAAUGAGGCGACAAGGACGCGUUCUGCUGGGACGUUCAGGUAGGAGACGUAGAGAUAGAGAAGCUAACCAGAACGCAGGUCCUCCUCCUAGAUGAGAGAGAUCACACGAAUUCAAAACAAAACCGACCCUUUAUCUGAUUCUGGGUUUCAGAGAAGCAGUCUUGCAAUCUCAUGUUUUUUUACUGUAUUCUAAGGUAACUUUCUGAGUAUGAAAAAUUCACAAAAUAUCUAUCCUUGUGAAUAAGCACGAUCAGUGAUGAUGACCAAUGAAGUCUGUUCACGAAUUAUGAAUUCGUGUUUCCUUCUGUUUAUAAGUUCAAUGAAAUAUGUUUCCUUUUGUUUGUUGAUUUUGAGACUUACCUUAUAUCGUUGUGAAAGCUUCUAAGACCACCAACCUUUACCUUGCGAUAAACAUGUGUUUGGGUUCUCUUAAUUACAUGAUCUUGUUUUGGUGUUAGUGUAUGAUUUAAGUUUAAGCAUUGGUUUUGCUUAAGUUUUGGAAAAUAUACCCCACACAUAAUCGAUUUUAAUGAACUUUGGUUAGUUUG